AGAAGAGAGAAAGAGAACAUUAUUUCUCUUUCUCAUUUCAAUCUCUCUCUCUCUCUCUCUCUCUUCUCCGAUAAUUCUUUGGAGAAGAGAAAGAAAGGAGACAAGAUGAACGUAGUACGGAGGCUCAAGAGCUUUGCUUCGGGUCGGAACUUGAAUCCCGAAAUAGACGGAGAUUCUGGUAUUAAGAGGAUGAAAGUUGACCAAGACGUGAAUGAGAAAGCUUCGACUGAAUCUCCUCUGAAAGAACGAGGCGCGUCUCUAGUACGGCAUACAACUUCCAAAGACUUACAUCACGACGACGGUACAUCCAGUGGAAAAGGGCAAGAUCCUGAUCAGCUUCUUCAGAAGAAGAUAAGCGACAUGAAACUCAGAGAUGAUAAGGAUAAGGAGAAUACUACGACGAGAGGAAAUGGAACAGAAACCGCAGGUCAAAUAAUAAAAACAGUGGUUGGUGGUCGGGGUGGACAGCCGAAAAAGACAGUUUCAUAUAUGGCAGAACGCGUAGUCGGCACUGGUUCAUUUGGGGUUGUCUUUCAGGCUAAAUGUCUAGAAACUUCGGAAACAGUCGCUAUCAAGAAGGUUCUUCAGGACAAGAGAUACAAAAAUAGGGAACUUCAAAUAUUACAGAUGUUUAACCAUCCUAAUGUGGUUCAGUUAAAGCAUCACUUCUUUUCAACUACGGAGAAAGAUGAGUUGUACCUGAAUCUUGUACAAGAGUAUAUCUCUGAGACUGUUCACCGAGCGGCCAAAAAUUAUCUGCGGGUGAACCAGAAAAUGCCUCUCAUAUACAUCCGCCUUUAUGCUUACCAGAUAUGUAGGGGCCUUGCUUACAUACAUGGAGUUUUAGAUGUGUGCCAUCGUGACAUAAAGCCACAAAAUCUCUUGGUCAAUCCCCAUACUCAUCAACUAAAGAUUUGCGAUUUUGGCAGUGCAAAGCAAUUGGUCCCAGGCGAACCUAAUAUCUCCUAUAUAUGUUCUCGGUAUUAUAGAGCUCCUGAACUCAUCUUUGGAGCUACGGAAUAUACUACAGCAAUUGAUAUGUGGUCUGCUGGUUGUGUCUUAGCUGAACUCAUCUUAGGGCAGCCUUUAUUUCCUGGAGAGAGCGGCGUUGAUCAGCUUGUGGAAAUUAUUAAGGUUAUAGGCACACCGACAAGGGAAGAAAUCGAGUGCAUGAACCCAAACUAUACAGAUUUCAAAUUUCCUCAGAUCAAAGCUCGUCCCUGGCAUCAGAUUUUCCCAAAAAGAAUGCCCGCUGAGUCUGUCGAUUUCCUGUCAAAGUUGCUCCAAUAUUCACCAAAUCUUCGUUGCACUGCUCUAGAAGCCUGUGCACAUCCGUUCUUUGAUGAGUUGAGAAAUCCAAAUGCUCGCCUUCCAAAUGGAGAACCCCUUCCUCCUCUAUUUGAUUUUACACCCCAAGAGCUUAGUGGAGCUUCUCCAGAACUAAUUCAGCGUCUUGUUCCUGCACACAUGAAGAAGUAAAAGUCAGAGAAUGACAGAAUGUUUCUUUCAAUUCUAACGUCUACACUUCAUUACGGAUGCCUCAUAUUCUGCGAUCUUUUAUCCUCAGCAUGGAGCCCAAAAGCGAUUGGUGAUGAUAACUUCAUAACGGAAAAUGUUUAAUUUUGGGUGAACCUCCGAGUGGAUUCCGUAAGACGAGCUGAACAAUUCCUUUUUGAAAAUCUUGUACCAACUAUCAGAUAUGGAUUAGUGUAACUUUAGCUGUUAUUUCUGAUAGUUAAAAUUUUUUGGUGCAGUUUCUUUGUUGGUAUGGAUCAUGU